ACCCGUCUGUUUCCGGUGUGAAAGGUCAGGUGUCCCUGUUUGAAUGCGCUAACAACAACAGCAGGCACUUAGCUGAACAUACACAUACUUAACAUAUACAUAUAUACAUAUAUAGUUAAAUACUUCAGUACUUCAGUACAUGUCUGUGUCGCUGGAGGACUUUAAUGUUCGCGCGCUGUCGGGUUGUGGGCGGAGCUCGUUGAGCAGCUUCAGAAUCUGUGAAGAAGACGUCGACCUGCAGGAUGGAGUCGGAGCUGCUGAUUGGAUGGCACCAGGAGAAGGCGGAGCUCAGACAGGAAGUGUGUCGUCUGCAGGAGGAGCUGGCAGAGAGUCGAGCAGAGAGAGAUGAGCUGGAGUCGAGGAGCAGAGCUCUCAAUGACCGGCUGUGCCAGUCUCUGUCGCCCUCGCUCGGCCUCUCUCUGCAGGUGGAGGGAGAGCAGAGAGAGUGGAGGAGGAGGGUGAGGGAGGGGCGAGAGAGGGAGGCCAGACAGGCUCUGCUCAUCCACCGGCUGCAGCACAAGGUGUUGGAGUACAGAAGCAGGUGUCAGCAGCUGCAGGACGAACACACACAGCUGAUCAGCGCCGAGCGGAGGAUCAGGGAUGAACACAGCGACACUCUGGAGAGCGCCCUCAUCAGGCUGGAGGAGGAGCAACAGAGGUCAGUCGGGCUGGUGGACAUGAAUGCUCUCCUCCGGGAGCAGCUCAGCCAAUCAGAGCAGGAUAACCAGGCUCUGAGGGAUGACCUGCAGAAGCUGACAUCUGAUUGGACGAGAGCAGUGGAGGAGGCAGAGCAGAGAGAGGAUGAUUGGCAGAGAGAGAGAGAGAGCCGGUCAGGUCAUGUGGGUCAGCAGCAGGCUCGGUUGUUGUCACUUUGGAGGUCUGUGGUCGAUCUGAGACGUCACUGUCACACCGUUAAAACUGCAGCCGACAGGGAUCUGUGGCAGUUGAGGGCGGAGUUUUCUUGUCUCUCCUCUUCACUCCUCUCCAGCUGUGAUUCCGUCUCCUCCUCCCUGAGGCUCAGUGCUCCUCUCAUCAAACCCUCUGUGCCUCCCCCUCUUCCCCCCUCUGACCUUCCUCUCCCUUCCGCCUCCUUGUCUCCACCUCCUCCUCUUCCUCCUCCACCUCCUCCUCUGCCCUCCACUCUUGUCCUCCCUCUUCUGGACUCCUCUCCAUCUGUUCCUCCUCUCAACUCCUCCUCCACUUUGGGAACCUUCACCUUAGCAGAACUGGAGCAGCAGCAGGAGGAGGAGGAGAAAGAGGAGGAUGAUGACGACGACGACAAGGAGCGAGAGAUGUCACAUUUGAAGCUCCUUCAUGAGACAGAAGUUUCUCAGCUGAAUAAACGGAUUGUGGAGCUCUCUCGCUCGCUGCAGGAGAGAGAGACAGAGGUAGAGAGACAUAGAGAAGCAGAGGGAAGUCUUCAGUCUGUGAGUCAGGCUGUCAUCAGACUGUCCAGAGUCCUGAGCAGCAGCAGCAGCAGCAGCAGGUCGUCUGUGUGUGUGUCCUCUGAUGGCGUCCUCAGUCUGGAUCUGUCCUCCCUGCUGUCUGUCCUGUCUCACGCUGAGAGCGCCCUGCAGAGGAGACACAAGGAACUACAGGGGGCGGAGCUAUCUCUGCGGCGGCUCGGCGAGGAGCAAUCGGCUUUGCAGCUCCGACUGAAACAGCUGGAGGAUGACAACCAGCAGCUGCACACACACACACAACACACACAGCUGGAGCUCACACACACUUUGGACACACUGAGCAGGGAGCGUGAGACGUCGUCCUCGCUGCGUCUGCAGGUGGAGGAGGUGCAGAGGAGGGAGGAGGAGGUGAAGAGAGAGAACGACAGGCUGAGGAGGGACAGAGACAGACAGGAGGAGAGAAACAGACAGCUGGAGACUGAAACAUACAAACGAGUUGAGACUGAACUGCUGGAGAACGUCCAGCUGACAGAGAGAGAAACUGUCCAUCGGAUGGAGAUCCACACUCUGAAGGGGGCAUUAGAGAGACAGCAGUUGGACAGACAGAGAGCAGAAGAAGAGGCUGCAGACACCAAAGACGCCCUGCAGAAGUCCAGGGAGUGUGUGUUGCGUCUCUCGUCCUCUGAGUGUGUGUUGAAGCGGGAGGUGGAGGAGGCGCGGGAUGCUCUGGAGAAGAUGGCCGCCCUGACCUCAGCUCUGGCCUCAGACAAGAGAGAUCUGAACAAACAGCUGCUGCAGAUGGAGUGUGAGCUGUCUGACAGCCAAUCACAGCUGCAGACUCUGAGGUCAGAGGUCAGCUGUCUGCAGAGGGAGACUCAAACCCUCAACCUGGACUACGGUCAGCUCAGAGCGCAGAGGGAGGUGGACACCAGAGUCAUCCGUCAGCUGACAGAAGGAGAAAGAGAGAUGGAGAGAAUAACGGAGGAGAAAGAGAGACAGCUGAUCUCCCUGACGGAGGAGAGAGACAGGGAGAAAGGUCACCUGGUGGAGCUGUCCUCCCAGCAUGCCUCUGUGUGCGGGGAACUGAAGGAGGCGCAGGAGCAGCUGCGUCAGGCAACAGAGGAGCGAAGGAGGAGAGACAGAGAGCAGGAGGAGCAGCAGAGGGAGAGCACGAGGCUGCAGGAGGAGCACGGCAGUCUGCAGAGACACAAGGAGCAGCUGGAAGAGGAGCUGCAGGAGCUCAGGUCUCUGUCGGUGUCGCUCCACCAGCAGCUCCAUCAGCAGCAGAAGCAGCUGUCACAGUCGGAGGUGGAGCGAUGUCAGCUGCACACACACAUUCACACUCUGCAGCAGGCCAAAGAAACAUUACAGGGGGAGAUCGAGUGUCUGAGAGGAGAACUAGAGGGAGCGACGGCUGGGAGACAAGACGAGAGGAAGAGGAGAGAGAGGAGCGAGGAGGAGAUGGAGGCUCUGAGAGAGGAGGUGGACAAGCUGAGGAAGAGAAGGAGUGAAGAGGAAGAGGAGAUGAAGGAGGAGAAGGAGGCCUGGCAGAAAGAGAGGGAGGCGCUGAGUGAGGAGCUGGGGACGAGAGAUGGAGAGGUGGAGGUGCUGGGGAGGCGCCUGGAGGGACUGACGGAGGAGAAGGAGGAGAGGCAGAGACAGGUGGAGAGACUGAGGGAGGAGAUGACGGAGAAGGAGGUGCAAAUCAGCCACAUGGUGGAGAAACUACAGCAGGUGGAGGUAGAGAAGGAGAGACUGGAGGAGGAGGCGAAGAGGAAGGAAGUCAGGAUGAAAGAGGAGGAGGUGAAGAGGGAGGAAGAGAUAGAGGUGCUCUGCGACCGGAUGGAGAGAUUGGAAAGAGAGAAGGAGGAGAGGGAGGAGGAGGUGGAGAGACUGAGGGAGGAGAUGACGGAGAAGAAGGUGCAAAUCAGCCACAUGGUGGAGAAACUACAGCGGGUGGAGGUCGAGAGGGAGAGACUGGAGGAGGAGGCGAAGAGGAAGGAAGUCAGGAUGAAAGAGGAAGAGGUGAAGAGGGAGGAAGAGAUAGAGGCGCUCUGCGACCGGAUGGAGAGAUUGGAAAGAGAGAAGGAGGAGAGGGAGGAGGAGGUGGAGAGACUGAGGGAGGAGAUGACGGAGAAGAAGGUGCAAAUCAGCCACAUGGUGGAGAAACUACAGCGGGUGGAGGUCGAGAGGGAGAGACUGGAGGAGGAGGCGAAGAGGAAGGAAGUCAGGAUGAAAGAGGAAGAGGUGAAGAGGGAGGAAGAGAUAGAGGCGCUCUGUGACCGGAUGGAGAGAUUGGAAAGAGAGAAGGAGGAGAGGGAGGAGGAGGUGGAGAGACUGAGGGAGAAUGUGGGGGAGGUGGAGCUGCUGAGGGUAAGGCUGAAUGUCGCGAAGGAGGAGUGUGAGGAGCUGAAGGAGGAGGUGGAGCGCAAGGAGUGCAGCCUGGAGCGACAGAUGAAUGCCGUGAGGGAGAGGGAGGAUGAGGUGGAGGAGCUGAAGAAGCGGCUGAGGCUGAUGGAGCAGCAGGAGGAGGAGGGAGCGAGAGAACAGCUGGAGGUGAAUAACAGACUGAAGCAGAAGGAGGCAAGGGAGGAGCAAUUGGAAGUGCUCCUGAGAGAAACCCAGCUGCUCCUGGAGAAAGAGAGGAGGGAGGGAGGACAAAAAGACAACUGGAUCUCCUCCCAGACCAAGGAGCUGCAGGAGGCCCGGGCACAGAGUGAGGGAGCUAGGAGGAGAGCCAGAGAGAGGGAGGAGGCCAGAGACAGACUGGAGGAGGAGGUGAAGGAGUGGAGGGAGAGGGCGGAGCAGAGCUUGAGGGAGCUGACAAAACUUAACCUCAUCCUAAAGGAGCAAGAAGAGGAGGCGAAGCAGCUGAGAGCCACUCUGGAGGAGAGGGAGGAGGAGGUCGGGAGAGAGGAGGCGCUGAGGAGGACAGAGGUGGAGAGGAGGAAGAGGCUGGAGGAGAAACUGAGAGUGAUGGAGGAAGACUGGGAGGAAGGGAGGGAGGCUCUGAAGAAUUCCAGAGAGGAGAAGAAGAGAUUAGAGGAUGAACUGAGGGAGGAGAAAGAAGAGCGAGGGAGGAUGUUGGAGGCUGAGAGAGGUCAGCACCUCCUGCUGCAGGAGAGAGGGAGGUGCAGAGAGAGAGAACUGGAGGAGGAGAAGGCUGGUCUGUCUGUGGAGUUGAGGAGGAGGGAGAGGGAAGUGACUGCUCUCAGAGAGGAGGUACAGAGGGAGAGGGAUAAGGCACAGGAGGAGCUGACAGGAGUGAGGCAGAGCGUGGAGGUGAUGGAGGAGAACCUGGCCUCCCUGCAGACUCAGGUGUCUGAUCUGAGUCGCAGCAGGGAGCGAGCGAGGCAGGAGGUCAAGGAGAAGGAGGAGGAGAAACAGCAGAUGAGGGAGGGUCUCAGGGCCGCGCUGGAGGAGAUGACCAAGCUGAAGCUCCUCCUGCAGGAGAGCCACACAGAGGGGGAGAAACUGAGGAGCGCUCUGGAGGAGAGGAAGAAGGAGGUGGAGAGGUUCAGAGAGGAGGAGGGGCUCCGACACAAGGAGGAGCUGCAGGCUUUGUCAGAAGAAAUCCAGUUACUGAAGGAGAAGGAGAAGGAGUGGAGGUCCAGUGUGGACGAGGUGAGGAGGGAGGUGAUGAGGGACCAGAACACACAGAUCUCCUCACUGACUGCUGACGAUGACGGAGAGGAGAUGGACGGACAGAGGAGGAGGAGAAGAGACCGAGAGACAGACAACGAGGAGGAGGGAGGAGAGGAGGAGCAGGAGCAGUACUCCUCUCUGCUGCAGGAGAAAGAGGAGAUCAGGAGGCUGCUGAUGCAGAGAGAAGCUGAGGUGUACGCUCUGACUCAGAGGACAGACGAGCUGGAGAAGGACAGGGAUCGUGUCCGAUUGGCUCUGGAGCGAACAGAGGCAGCUAUGAUUGGCUACAGAGAGAGAGCCCACCAACAGGAGCAGAGCCAGGGGGCGGGGUCUAACCCAGACGAGCAGGUUGUGCAGGACAGGCUGGUGGUUCUGCAGCGUCUGGUGGCUGAACUGGAGCUGGACCAGAAACGAAUGAACAAGAAGAACUCUCACCUGGAAAACCAGAAAGAAAAACUGAAGAGAGACAGAAACACACUGAGAGACACACUGAGACAGGUGGAGGAGGAGCGUUCAAGGUUCAGACAGCAGCUGAAUGACAGCAUCAAAUCCCAGGACACCACAGAAGAAGAACGCCUGAGGAGCAGGGUGAGGGAGCUGGAGGACCAGGUGAGUCAGCUCCGUCUCUCAUUGGCUGUGGACCAGCAGCAGAGGGUGGAGUUUAUCCAGCAAUCAUCCAGGAACAGCCAAUGGCUGCUCUCUCUGAGACAUGACCUCGCCGACUCACUGGAUGCCGUCACACGCCGUCCAAUCCCGUCCGUCCUGGAGUCUGAGACGGAGCGAUUGGACCGCAGCCUGAGGGAGGAGGAGCUUAGAAUGUCUCUCAGCCAAUCAUAAUGCAUGAAAAUUAAAAACUGUCAAGUGAAGCUUCUGACCAAAGAAACAUGCUCAGAGACAAUCUGCUCUGUCACGUGUUUUACUGAGACAAUCAACACAUCUUGAUUUUCCUCAUAGCGCUCAUGAUGCAGGAUGAUGUCACCAAGCCGUCCAAUCAACGUGUUACCUGUCAGUCACAUGAUCUCCUGUCGUCCUGUCAUCAUAUCUGCAGCCUGGUUGUCUCAAAUGUUUCACUGAGAAGCUCUGAAUACACUUCUCUCCAUGUGUACUGUCAGGUUACAGACUAUAAUCUGUAAUAGUCUGAAUGUUGAGGAGAUUAUCACUGAAUCAGUUACUGCAGACAGUCCAGUUAGAAGAAGCUCCAAGACAACCACCUCCUGCUUCACCACAUCGCUUCAGUGACAGUGAAAACAACCUCAAGUGAAGGUCAGACUCCUCGUAAUGUUUACAGGUUUUUAUUGUUAGUAUUUAUUUUGUAUUUCCCAUGAUCCUCCACUCUGAGCUGUGAGUCAGGCUCAUGUGAAGGUCAGAGUUCAGCUGUUUGUGCGUGUUCAAUAAAAACCAAUGUGUCAUUUUUAA